CCAAUAUCUACAUACCCAUCUUGUCUAAGAACUAUGCUUCUAGUUGGUGGUGUCUCCGUGAACUAGCCCACAUGAUAAAAUGCACGUCAACCUCACAUGGGAAAAAAAUGAUCCUGCCCAUUUUCUACGAUGUGGAGGUUCAUGAUGUUAAGCUUGAAAGCACUUUGUACAGAGGUGCCCUAGAUAAGCACAGGAGUAAAUUUGGCAAUGAAGUGGAGGAAUGGGAAAUGGCUCUAACAGAGGUUGCUGACAUGAGGGGGUUCAACCUGAACAGUAACAGCCACGGAGAACUAAUUGAAUCGGUUGUUAAAGAGGUUUCGCGUAAGCUUACGGGCAAAGGUGUGGAUGUGCCUGAACAUUUGGUUGAAGAUCAUAGUCAGAUAAAAGCGAUAAUAGAUAAGUUGGAUGUUGACUCUGGUGGUGUGCAUUUCGUUGGGAUAUAUGGAAUGGGCGGUAUUGGUAAAACAACACUUGCGAAGGUUGUGUUCAACAAAUUACUUCUUCAGUUUGACGGUGUUAGUUUCCUCCAAAAUAUUCGAGAAUCAUCCCAACAUAGUCUUGAUGGUCUUGUAAACUUGCAGAAAAAGUUAUUAUCGAAUCUUAUUGGUUCUAGGGAUAUUGUCCAAAUCAAAGACAUAGGUGAUGGGAUGGAUCAAAUCAGGAAAGUAUGUAGGAUUAAAAGGGUCCUCAUUGUUCUUGAUGAUCUAGACAAGAAAGAGCAACUCCAAAAGCUAGCUGGAAAAUCUAAUUGGUUUGAUUCAGGUAGCAGGAUCAUUAUCACAACUAGGGACAAAAGUAUCUUGAUGACUCAAGUGGAAUCAUUUAGUAAAGUGGUCCUAAAUCAACCUAAAGGAAUUUUGGCUUAUGAAGUUUAUGAAAUGGAAUUUGGUCGGGCACUUCAGUUGUUUUGUGAGCAUGCAUUUAGAAGAGACUCUGCCGUAAAAGGAUAUGAGCAUCUUGCAAAGAAAAUUGUCCGGAGAGUGGGAAUGCUUCCUUUGGCCGUUGUGGUGAUAGGUUCAAUUCUUCAUUCCCGUCAUAAAAUUGGAGAAUGGGAAGAUGAGUUGAUGCAGUUAAAUAAAGGUCCUUUGAAAGUUGUCCGCGAUGCAUUAAUGAUAAGUUAUGAAGGAUUGGCGGAUGAGGAAAAAGAAGUAUUUCUGGAUAUUGCUUGCUUUCUCAUCAACGGGGACCAAAUGUAUCCAGCCAUUAUGUGGGGUGAUUGUUAG